GCAGUCGGAUGAAAAUGGGAUUCUAGAACACUGAAUUAUAAAUUUAAAAUGUUAUUCUAAGUUAAAAUGGAAUAUACUUGGCAUAUGGAGGACGGUAGUGGACAAGACAACAAUAUUAGAAGCAGCACCAGGCUGCAAGGAAGGAAUCAAGGUCCGGGCCUGAUCGACGAGCUGGUGGCCAUCAUGCCCCCGGUCGGCGACGGCUGCUACGGCCAGCAGCCGCUCGACGCUCGCCGGAUUGGGGGCCACCAACUACCAGAAAGCCCCCCGGACUCAGGCUCAGAGAACCCGUACUCCCCGUCAGAAGUGCCCCACACCAUCACAGUUCCCCAAACUGUCCUAACCUCCGACUAUAUGCUGGUACACGACCAUAUGAACCAUGAGAUUCUCCAGCCAGAAGGGGAUUACAUCUACGAGGAGCUGAAGUCGGAUAAUUUGGAUCAUGAGGUGCUGAGGAGCAACCUGAAUGAUGUAGUGGUUCUGCCACAGGAUCCGAAUAUUGUGGAGCUGGGGAUUAGGACUGUGAGGCAUGAGCUGGGGUUGUCGGAUCCAUACAACAGGUAUGGUCAGAUGAGAGUGGACCUGCCAGAACUAGAGCAAGGGAUGAUCAACCCUCAACUGGUGGCGUUAGGCCAUGAGACCCUGACGCCAGUGUACACCAGUCUUCAGGAACCCAGCAGUAAGAAGAGGAAGCACUCGCAGGACACUUCGCAGGUCAAGUGCGAGCCGGCGGCCCUAUCCCCCGAGAGCGCAACUCACGCGCGCCCUCCCCCCUCCGUGGAGGGUUCAGAGGCGGGAGACGACGCCCCCCUCCAGUGCAUCAGAUUCGUCCCCUUCCAACAGAAUCUGACACACACACUGUACGACUGCAACUUGAAGCCGCUGCCUACACCAUCAUACGUGGUCGGAGCAGACAAGGGUUUCAACUACUCCCAAAUAGACGAGGCCUUCGUCUGCCAGAAGAAGAACCAUUUCCAAGUCACCUGUCAGAUACAGGUUCAAGGAGACGCGCAUUAUGUCAAAACGGCAGAAGGAUUCAAGAAAAUCACCAAUUUCUGCAUACACUUCUAUGGAGUCAAGGCUGAAGACCCAAGCCAAGAAGUACGAGUGGAACAAAGUCAAUCUGAUAGAACAAAGAAGCCCUUUCAUCCAGUGCCCGUGGAGCUCCGCAGAGAAGGUGCAAAAGUCACAGUCGGAAGGCUACACUUCGCGGAGACCACAAACAAUAAUAUGAGGAAGAAGGGUCGCCCCAACCCUGACCAGAGGCACUUCCAACUCGUGGUAGCCUUGAGGGCUCACACGUCGCAUGCAGACUUCAUGAUCGCGGCGCAUGCGAGCGACAGAAUCAUUGUUAGAGCAUCAAACCCUGGACAGUUCGAGUCUGACUGCACAGAGAACUGGUGGCAGCGAGGGGUGUCGGAGAACAGCGUCCAUUUCAACGGUCGAGUGGGCAUCAACACAGAUCGGCCUGAUGAAUCUUGUGUUGUUAAUGGUAACCUCAAAGUGAUGGGCCACAUUCUCCACCCGUCCGAUGCGCGAGCCAAACACAAUAUUGUGGAAUUGGACACGGCUCAGCAGCUACGCAACGUGCAAAGCUUCAGGGUUGUGAAGUUCAACUACGACCCCUCAUUCGCGGAGCACUCCGGCCUGCUCGGCUACGACCCCUCAGCUCCAACCCCCCAACUAGACACAGGGGUUAUCGCUCAAGAGGUCCGCAGGGUCCUGCCUGAAGCUGUGAAGGAGGCAGGAGACGUUACCCUGCCUAAUGGAGACACUAUUCCCAAGUUCCUGGUGGUUAAUAAGGACCGAAUCUUCAUGGAAAACCUCGGGGCGGUCAAGGAGCUGUGCAAAGUGACCGGCAACCUGGAGUCCAGGAUUGACCAGCUCGAGAGGAUGAAUAAGAAACUCUGCAAGUUCAGUAUACUGCAGAGGAGGGACAGCUCCAGGUCUAGUGUUAGCAAUGAUUCCCGCUACUCAGCCGCCUCAAACUCCUCAAAAUCCCUCUACUCAGAUGGCAAUAUUUCCAUAGACCAAAUCCGGGACAUCGCGCGCAACAUCCGACGCCACGAGUGUUGCCACAAACUCAGCCACAACUCCCCUAAAUACACCCGAAAACAGUGCAAAAACUGCCACGGAAAUUCAAAAUUGGGGAAAUAUUACAAUUAUAACAAAACUUGCGUGAGAUAUCACUCAAGUAAAGAUGAUAAAAUUGAGCAUUUGGAACCGAAGUACGUCGAAACAAAAGUACCAGAAGAGAAUUAUAGUACUCCUAUUUCUAAGAAGAAAGACCCGUGUAUUUGGUUGCGGGAGGACGAAAAUUUUUCAUAUGGCAACAAUUUGGCUUUCUGCUGCAGAAGGAAAGAUUACACCGAUGCCAGCAGCGAAUUGGUGUCGAACAAGUUUUUGCAGAUCGUAAUAACGAUUUUGAUAUUCAUUAUGGCUGUUUGCCUCGUAGUGAUGUCCGCGCUCUACUUCAAGGAGCACCAAGAGUUGUUAUCGAUGAAAGACAUCAGGAUGCACGAUAAAUAUACCAACUACCCUCAUUAUGGGAAAUUCAACAUGAAUAACGCGCAUCGGACACCGUCUGACCAAAAUCAAAUACAGAAUUUAAAACCUCUACAGCAUCCUACAGUCAAAAAAGGAGUCAAAGAGAAAAGUCCGCACAAAACGACGCAGGAGUACAGCACUAGUCCACCGACAGAUCUCCCGCACACCAUAGCCACAACACUAUUGGCGUCCAGGAAUUACGUCAAGAAUCUCAUCAGUAACAGUNUGGAGACCGUCAUCAAAUACAACCCUAAUAUUCCCGGUCCAUCCAGGCGACAUCUUAUAUGCCACUUCAACCGACACAAGGGUGGAGGCCAAAUAAUAUGCAACAGAUGCAGCCUCCAGAUGGGCCUACCAGAACUCAACAGAUGUUCAGAGCCCUUCCUCCCAACUACAACCCUCAAAGUAAUGUCUUUAGAUUGGCAAGACCCCAGCAGCAACCCGCGCAUAACUUCGGCGUCCCACGCCCUAUGA